UGACAGUUGAAAGUUGCAUCCGUUGAACAAGCAACCUUGUUUUUACAUCCCUAUGUUCGUUUUGUUUCUUCCUUUGCAAAGUUCCUGUGCGAAAACCGGUGUUGAUUGGUCGUGUGAAUAAAAGUAAGGUUGUGCUCCGUCAGUUCUCCCACUCAAGCAUCAAAGGCUGGUAAUUUGCAAAAGUCAAUGCAGCAGUUUAUGCCUUUGUUCCUUUUCAAGCCUUUGACUAGUGGUAGGUCAAGAACAUAAGUGGUUUGUUCAGCUGAAACUUCAUGAAGAAAUUUCCCUCAGCCAUUUUCACAUCCCAAGGUCAAAAUUCUUGUGUAAUGCAUUGCAUUCCUUGUCAUGCGCAUUGUUCUUUUGCACUUGCUUAUCGAAAGGCGCAGCCAUUGGCUGUCGCCCACCCCCUGUUGCAAUUGCAGGACGGUGAUACAUUCGCACAGAUUGGCAACGCUUUCCCAAUUGACCCAGUGCCCUCCAAUAUUGCCUAUUUGAAGAAAGCAAUCAAGAAGGAGGAGGAACUAUCCAUUGCGCCUUCCAAAAUUGAUAUUUUUAGCCAACAGGAUGGAAGUUGGAUUAGGGAAGAAACGAUGUCGGCAAGCCUUCGCGACACGGAUGAGACAGAUUGCUAUGGCUUCACAUUGCCAUCAGCGUGAGUGCUUUUCUCAGCAGCGUUACGCCUAGCGUUCCACUUGUCUUGCCCUUCUGUGGCUGAGGUGAAACCAAUUGAGAGCAAGGGUUCCCAAUAGUUUCAACGAAUUCCAUCUUUGGAGUAAAUGUAGAGUGGAUGUCGCUGUGGCAUGACCGUGCAUGCCUCACAAGAUAUGAGACACUGCGUUGACACUCUUGUCCAGCAGUUUGUGCACACAGCGGGCGCAGAAACAGUGAACCAAAAAGCUGUUCAAGAUACGUUUCACUCGGGCAAUGUAUACGCCCAAGCACAGCCACGAAUCCAACCAUGCAUUGUGGGAGAAGGUAAGUGCUUGAUUUUGAACCGGCUUUCCUGAGAGAAACUUGAAAAAGAAAACUGGAGGAA